AUUUCUAACGCUCCUUGGGUUCCAAAUACUAAAACCGUUUUAAUUUUACAUGGUUAUGCUAAAAAUAAAUCAGUAGAACCCAAUAUGUGGCUUAGACCUGAAUAUAUGAUAAAACGCUAUAAUAUAAUCUCCGCUGAUUAUCCGAAAGCUGUACCAGCUCCUUGUGAGGUGCAAUCAGCGGAAAAUGUUCGUAAAAUUGGAAAAUGUACCGCUGUUUUUAUAGAAACACUUUUAAGCAAAACCAACGGUACAGUCGAAUUAAAUAAAUUACUUGUAGUCGGGUCUAACCUAGGCACACAUGUUGCUGGAAAGGCGGGAAGUGAAUUAAAAAAAAAGAAGAUUACUUUAAAUAGAAUAGUGGGUCUUGAUCCACCGUUUACUUUAUUUCACGGCCCUUUAAGUUUAAUAACCAAGAAUUCAGCAAACUUCGUUAUGAUAAUCCAUACAAACAAGUUUGAUUUUGGAAAUCCAGAAUUUACUGGUCACGUUGAUUUUGUUGUUAAUUAUGGUUCCUUUCAACAAUAUUGCCUUGAAGAAACAGGUCCAGUAGUGUGUAAUGAUAUGGCAUCACGGUAUUAUGCGGAAUCAAUUAAUUCCAAAAUGUUCUUUUGUGGGGUAUCUUUAGAUAAAAAGAAAUAUGCUAUAAUGGGAGAAAAUACUCCAGAUGGGACGACUGGAGUUUAUCUUGUAAUAACUAAUCCUACUGCACCAUAUGCUAUGAAUUCUACUUGUAAUUCAACAAAAUAAAUUGUAUAAUUAUGUAAUAUUUAAACAAAUAAAUAUAUUUUGUUUUGAUU